UGCAGAUUAGUAGCAUUAUAAUUCUAGCAUUUGUAUGUUUGUACAUUCCACAUUUUUACUGCUUCUGUGGAAGCAUUCGUCACUAUCUGAAAAGCGGAAAUGACAACACAGAUCGGCUUUCAACCCGUUUUAAAUGAAUGUUAUGGCUUUUUGCUUGCCGGUUCUCAAAAGUGACGCAAAAAAAGAGCCAAACAAAAAACGCGGAGAUCAACGGAUCGGAAGAUCUGGAGAUGGCUAAUGGUUGGGAGUCCCCCGUGGCUCUGGGGGAUCGUAAGCUCCAGAAAGCUUGGAUCGUUGGCCCUGAUAAAUCCGGCUGAUAGGCCACCGAGAGCAGUUCCCAUUCAGCCUCAGCUCAAGAUCAUGCUACCCGCUCGAUUCAGAACGCCUUUGUUCGCGGCCAUCGUGGUGAUGCUUCUGGUGGCACUCGUCUCCGCCGGAAAGUCGCGCCAUCGGUCGCCUGCCAAGUGCCCCACCAUCAAGCUGAAGCGCCAGUGGGGCGGCAAGCCAUCGUUGGGACUCCACUACCAGGUGCGCCCCAUCCGCUACGUGGUCAUCCAUCACACGGUCACCGGCGAGUGCAGCGGACUGGUCAAGUGCGCCGAGAUUCUCCAGAACAUGCAGGCCUAUCAUCAGAACGAGCUGGAUUACAACGAUAUUAGUUACAACUUUCUGAUCGGCAACGAUGGCAUCGUAUACGAGGGCACUGGCUGGGGAUUGCGCGGAGCCCACACCUACGGAUACAAUGGCAAUGGCACGGGCAUAGCCUUUAUCGGCAACUUUGUGGACAAGCUACCAACGGAUGCGGCUCUUCAGGCGGCCAAAGAUCUGCUGGCCUGCGGAGUGCAACAGGGGGAGUUGAGCGAAGAUUACGCCCUGAUAGCCGGCUCCCAGGUGAUCAGCACCCAGAGUCCCGGACUGACGCUAUACAACGAGAUCCAGGAGUGGCCGCACUGGCUCUCAAAUCCGUAAAUCGAAUACAACGAAUUGCAGUGAUUUGCCAGCAUGAACACUUUCCAGUUUAGCUAUGAAGAUACGCCAUAUAAAUAAUCCUAUGUUGUUG